AUGGUCUCGGUUAACGAAGAACCAUCGACGAAGAUGAAUAAGCCUGUUAGUCCCCCUAGGGUUUCAUCACCGCCGAGUAAAUGGUGGAAGUUGCAUUUGUUGGCAGAGGUCGCCGCCGCCGUGUCAGAGUACCAAAAAACAGAGGCACAAACUGGCGGAGAAGAAAAACCGAGAAUCUUUGCGAAUUUCCCAAGAAAGAAGAGAAGUCCUUGUCUCUUUCGUGGAUCAUCUUCUUUGAUGGCAACACAAUGUACGAUCGAUAAACAAAGUCCAGUUACUUGCGCGGAGGGUAACAAAGAAGAGAAGAAACGAGAAAUCUUUGGUCGUUUUGAGGUGGGUUCGUGUUCAAAAUCCAUACAACUAAUUCAAAACCCUAGAUUGACUCCUCUUUCUUCCGGCGUCAACGAGUGCAAGAAACGUCGUCCCAUUAACUUCUCGCAAGAAAGAAGCCUCAAGAAACGCAGAAUCGUCCAAAAGACGACGAUCCCGGAGCGGCUCGUGAAUGCGAUGAUGAUGAGAGGAGAGAUCAACGGAUACGAUCCAAAGCUGAUCUUAGUGAAGAAGCUGUACAAGAGUGAUAUCGACAAAGUCCAGUCACGUCUCUCGUUGCCUUCGAACCAAGUGGUUACUUCAGACUUUCUGUCGGAGGAGGAGAGUAGAGUCAUAUACGAACAGUCGGUACUCAAGGAUCGUACGGAAGGACUGAGUGUUGUUCUGGUGGAUCCUCUCUUAAAGAAGCAUGUGGUUGAUCUAAGGAAGUGGAAGAUGGGUGGAAGAUGGAACUACGUCUUCGUUGAUGGUUGGAACCAAGUUGUCUCCACCAACACGUUUAAGGUCGGCGACGUCUAUCAUGUCUGGUCUUUCCGAUCCCGAGGAGGUAACCUCUGCUUUGCCCUCGUCCCUCCUAGAAACUCCAGCGAUUCUGGUGAUGGUCACGGCGGCUCUAGUUCCUGCCUCUCUUCUUGGUGA